AAGAGCAUAAAAGUAAUUGUGUGUCGUGUCGUAAUGUGAGCCUGGAAGAGAAGAGAAUUUGAGUAGGAGAUCCAUGAAAAUAUUUUUAUUGCAUUAUAUCCUUUUUCUCCACUUUCUCCCUUUUUCGCCGGCUGACGACGACGACGACGCUGCUUACCUACCACCGCACCACCCCUGCACAUUACACAUUAUCCUCUUUACCCGUCAUUUGUACAUUGUGUGUGUGUGUGUGGUGAUCUGAUAUAACAACAGACUUUAUUGCCGAAGCGACACAAGGCUGCCUUUGUACUUACGAGUGCCUCAAGUAUCUUUUAUUAGUUAUGCUUGAACGGCAGUGGGGAAUUUGCCAAAAUGUCAAAUGGGCCGUCCUCGUACAUAUUACUUUGCCAGUUAUUAGAUAGUUUCAGCAGCACUGGUCUGGAGAUGGUCACGUAGAACUAGUUUCCCUCUUCCUACUACUUUUGUUUCUAUAAAGAUGGAGAAACUCCAAAUAGGAUUUUCUGCAUCUUCUUCUCCAAAGCACAAAAUCAGAUUUGCUGGCUAGUUUCUGCGUAUUUCCUUAAAAUGCAUUAGAAAGCUGGGUGCCAAAGAACGAGACAUAAAAUAUUGUUGCAGUAAAAUGUUUCUGCAGGCAGAAAUUGUGGGCGAACUACUUGGUUCACCAGAGAUGGAAAGGAAAGUUGUUGAUGAAGCAAGGACGUUUUCUUCCACCAAACAUAUUUGCAGCAUGAAUAGCAUCUAUUUACUACAGCACAACCAUAAUAAAUGUUGGUAUUCACUUGUCGAGUUGCGUAAUAAUUAAUGCAUUCACUUGUCUUCGUCGUUUGUAGCAGGGUGCACUGCACAAGAAUGAGAAACACAAUUAACAAUCAACAAAGUCCUUGAGUGUUUUCUACACCUUUAUUUAUUGUGAAAUUGAUUGCAUUCAGAAUAGAAAAUAUGUAAAUAUGUAUGUACGAGUUGAUUCAUUUACCAACUUGUGUAUACAUCGGAGCAUAUAUUUAUUAUUGAGCUUCACAAAAUCAUGGAUUGUUUAUUAUUUUAUUUUCUUAGUUUAUUUUAUUAAAUUUUUGGGGGAUCCUAGGAUUAGUAUUUUAUUUCGAUUCAAUGCGUGUCGUUUCGCCUCUAUUUUAUGGAAGACUCAAUAGCAAUAAAUGAAACAUGUUCCGCUUUCAGGCUUCUUGUCCAGGGUCGUGACUUGUAUUCAUUAAGACUCGCAGAAACGAAAAAAAAACUUUCUCAAAGGAAAUUAAUCCUUUUACUGGUUCUGCAAUGGUGAAUGGUGUUUUUAUUUCUAUUAAAUUUCUACUUAUUCUCCUCAGAUCCUCUGCUACAUACAGACCCUGUCGAAGUUGACGACACUACUUCCUUUCCAAUUCGACUGAGUGUGAUUGAUGGAGAUGGACUACCGGUGAUUGUGGAUAUGUACAGAGAAGGAGAUCAUUAUCUCUUCAUUCCCGUCGCACCCAACGGGACCCGGUUGAUCAAAAAUCCAAAUUUGGAAGACCCUGACCCGGAACUUGGGAGAAUUCUUGCACGGCAAUACUCUAUGAAGGAGAGAUCAAGAUGGGUCGAACCUGAGGAGAAUUUGGAGAGGAGAAAGGCGGUGACAGGGGGAACAAAUAUUGACACUCCUCGAGGAGUGGUGGGAAAAGAAGACGACGACGAGAGUCCAAGCAGAUCCCGUGGACUAUCUUUCAAUCAAAGUGCCUUUAAACAAACGGACUCCUCCACUCUCCCUCCUCGUAGUCGUAGUGUUAUGAAAAAAGAAUGGAGAAAUGUCGACAGUCAUAGUCCCUACAGACCUCAAAAUGAUGAUGGCGAUGGUGGUGGAGGAGGGAAUUUUUUCAGGGAUGGUGGCACGACAUCCUCUGAUGAUGAGACAGAGUUCCACUUACAGCCAGAAAACCCUAAUACCAUCUCUUUCCUAUUUGACAAAAAUAAAAAUGAUGAAGCAAAUACUGGUGGUGGCGAAUCAUCUCUGGAACAUUCUUCUUCAACUUCGCCUCUUUCUCCAAUUUCUCCUCGCAUCAUGUUGGACGAAAGAAAAAUGCUCCAAGGCGGCUCUGAACACCAAUCUGACUUGGAGUUGAAACCUCCAUCACCAAAGAUAUCAAUGUCAUCUGCAAAGAUUCCAUCGUCUGAGAAAAUAUUAUUUAAUGGUUCCACAGAAAGUCCUCAUCAUCAAAGCCAUACUCCUGCAUCAGGAGAAGAGCCUAAUUCCACUACAAGUAAUGGGAAAAUUAGAUUCCCCGUCGCAAGUGAUGGUGAUGAAGACGAUGGCGCAGCAAGUUAUCCUUUGAGACAUUUGUCCACUAUAGAAAGCCACCGCGUGGAGAAAGUCUCCCCAAGAAAUUCCAACAGUAUAAAAAACUACACCAGAGUUAAAUCAGGACGAUCGUUUAAAAAAGCUACAAAAAAUAUAACAUUAGAGGGGACUUGGCAAAAAAGUUACGUUUAG